CAAUUUUUGGGGUUUUACAUUUUCCUUAUCAAAGAAACACCUGAAUCUGAAAAUGAUCACUACAGUACUACGUCGAUCUCUCCUUGAUGCGUCGAAGAGGAAUCUCUCCGCUUCGUUGACCUCAAUCAAUGCUGUUUUAUUUCACCACCUUGCUCCAGCCGCCGCUAGAGUCUCCGAUCUAUCUGUAAUUGGAUCUUCCGAUGUCAAGCCUGGGUUUUUAUCUGGUGUUAAAGCGAGGGAGUUUCAUUUUGAAUCUGGGCCGUUGGAGUUUAGAGCUUCGAUGGUUUCUUCUGCUGGGUUUGCGAUAUCUGAGAGUAGCGAGAGAAGGAUUAGUGAUUCGGAGAGUGAUGGGCUUGCGAUAUCUGAGCUUGGAAUAUCUCCGGAGAUUGUUAAAGCUUUGAGUAGCAAGGGUAUUGAGAAACUGUUUCCUAUUCAGAAAGCUGUGUUGGAGCCAGCUAUGGAGGGUCGAGAUAUGAUUGGUCGUGCUAGGACUGGAACGGGAAAGACACUUGCUUUUGGGAUUCCUAUCAUUGACAAAAUCAUUAAAUACAAUGCUAAACAUGGACGAGGGAGAAAUCCGCUUUGCUUGGUUUUGGCACCGACAAGGGAGCUUGCUCGCCAGGUUGAGAAGGAGUUUAGGGAAUCUGCUCCAAGUUUGGAUACUAUUUGUCUUUAUGGAGGUACACCGAUUGGACAGCAAAUGAGGCAGCUUGAUUAUGGUGUUGAUGUGGCGGUUGGAACUCCUGGUCGUGUUAUUGAUCUGAUGAAAAGGGGAGCUUUGAAUCUGUCAGAGGUUCAGUUUGUGGUUCUGGAUGAAGCUGAUCAGAUGCUUCAAGUUGGAUUUGCCGAGGAUGUUGAAAUAAUAUUGGAAAAGUUGCCUGAGAAACGUCAGAGUAUGAUGUUUUCUGCAACAAUGCCUAGUUGGAUCAGAUCUCUCACCAAGAAGUACCUGAAUAAUCCUUUGACAAUUGAUCUUGUUGGAGAUUCUGAUCAGAAACUCGCAGAUGGAAUUACAACGUAUUCUAUCAUAGCAGAUUCUUAUGGAAGAGCAUCCAUUAUUGGUCCUCUUGUAACGGAGCAUGCUAAAGGAGGAAAAUGCAUUGUUUUUACACAAACAAAACGAGAUGCUGAUCGCCUUUCAUAUGCAUUGGCGAGAAGCUUCAAAUGUGAAGCUUUACACGGUGAUAUAUCCCAGAGUCAGAGGGAAAGAACGCUUGCUGGUUUCCGAGAUGGGCAUUUCAAUAUUCUUGUUGCAACUGAUGUUGCUGCCCGUGGACUUGAUGUGCCUAAUGUCGAUUUGAUCAUUCACUAUGAGCUUCCUAAUAACACGGAGACAUUUGUUCAUCGAACCGGGCGAACGGGUCGUGCUGGAAAGAAAGGAAGUGCUAUUCUCAUCUACAGUCAAGAUCAAUCCAGGGCUGUAAAAAUAAUUGAGAGAGAAGUUGGGAGCAGAUUCACCGAGCUCCCUAGCAUUGCUGUGGAACGUGGAAGCGCAAGCAUGUUUGAAGGAAUAGGUUCUCGAUCCGGGGGGUCCUUUGGAGGAGGCAUGAGGGAUCGCGGUUCAAGCUUUGGUGGUCGUUCAGGCGGUGGCUAUGGUGGCAGCAGUGGUGGCUAUGGUGGUGGCCGUUCAGGCGGAUCAAGCAACCGUUAUUCUGGUGAUUCUGACCGUUCUGGUUUCGGGAGCUUCGGUAUGCGUUCUCCUGAAGGAUAUGGUUCAGAUCGUUCUUCCCAGUCAGGUGGAAGGAGCAGCUUUGGUGGUGGUCGUUCAGGUGAUUAUGGCCGCUCAGGCGGAUCAUCAAGCAACCAUUCCUCUGGUUUUGGUGACUUUGGUUCGGAUCGUUCAUCUCAGUCAGGUGGAAGGAGCAGCUUUGGUGGGUUUGGCUCAAACGAUGGGAAAAGAUCGUACUGAGAAGUGUUUUUGGACCCGAACCGGCAGUAAUUGGUUUGA